GAUCAUGUUUCGACGUGCCAUGUGAGUGGGCCGCGAUUUGGACGUGUGCUGUUGCCCGGUGUUGUGGUUAUUAGGUCCUGCGGUGUUUUUGGGUAGAUGUAGUACUAUCGGUGGAGGAGAACACACAGGUGGUGCAAUAUCCAGUGCAUUUUUCAACUUAACAACUGCCCUUAGAGGCCAGCCUGAAGAGAUUAACUUGUCAAUUGUUUUCUCUGGCAAUGAGUAAGAGGAAGCUACAGCCAAGUGCAUCAAACCCGAAUCAAGACUACUGUGAUUUUCUUUUAGAACUUGCGGACUUCGAGAAGAAUGUCUCGAGGAACAUUUACAAACACAACGCCUACAGGAAGGCGGCCUCGGCGCUUUCCCGCCACCCGGUGCGCGUCAGCUCCGGCUCGGAGGCGCGCCAGCUGCCCGGCGUCGGGCGCAAGAUCGCCGACAAGAUCGAUGAGUUCGUGCAGACCGGCCGUCUGGGCAAGCUGGACAAGAUCCGAGCCAGUGACGAGGCGGUGGCCAUUGGUCAGCUGUCCCGCGUGUCUGGCGUGGGGCCGGCCAAGGCCCGAGAGCUCUUCAGCGCCGGCGUCACCUCGCUGGAGGAGCUGCGGCGGCGGCCCGAGCUGCUCAACCACCACCAGAGCCUGGGACUGAGGUAUGUGUCUGAGUUCGAGGCACGCAUCCCCCGUACGGAGGCGGCUGCUUUAGAGGGGCACGUGUGCAGCAGGCUGGCGGCUCUGGACCCGCUGUACUGCGCCACCGUCUGCGGCAGCUACCGGCGAGGCGCCGAGUCAAGCGGCGACGUCGACUUCCUCCUCACGCACCCCGCGUUUACGUCGUCAGUCAAUGAAAAACCGGCUCGCGGCUCCUCAGCCAAUCAGAAACCCGCUAAGGGAUCGGCCGCGAAUCAGAAGCCAGCCCACGGGGCGGCAGCCAAUGAGAAGACGGGCGGCCAGCUGUUGAGAGCCGCGGUGGACCAGCUUAAGAACGAGGGCUUCAUCACCGACACACUGUCCCAUGGCGACACCAAGUUUAUGGGUGUGUGCCUCCUGCCCGGCGAGCGGUACACCGUUCACCGGCGUAUCGACAUCCGUCUGGUGCCGCACGACCAGUACUUCUGCGCCGUGCUGUACUUCACCGGCAGUGACGAGUUCAACAGGCAGAUGCGGGCCCACGCGCUGGAGCAGCGGUUCACGCUGAACGAGUACACGCUGCGUCCGCUGGGCGCCACCGGCACGCCGGGCGAGCCGGUGCCGGUGACCAGCGAGGAGGAGAUCUUCGAGUACCUGCAGUAUCCGUACCGCCGGCCGGAAGAGCGCAGCCUCUGAGAGGCGGCAGACAGCCGACGGCAGCUGUGGCUGGGCCCGCGGCAGUGCAGUGCUGGGACAGCCGACAGACAGCCGAGUCAGCCGACGGCAGCUGCGGCUGGGCCCGCGGCAGUACAGUGCUGGGACAGCCGACAGACAGCCGAGUCAGCCGACGGCAGCUGUGGCUGGGCCUUGGCAGUACAGUGCUGGGACAGCCGACAGACAGCCGAGUCAGCCGACGGCAGCUGCGGCUGGGCCCGCGGCAGUACAGUGCUGGGACAGCCGACAGACAGCCGAGUCAGCCGACGGCAGCUGCGGCUGGGCCCGCGGCAGUACAGUGCUGGGACAGCCGACAGACAGCCGAGUUAGCUGACCGCAGUUUAUAUUUAUUAUUUUGUAUUUUAUUUUUAUUAAGACCCGAUUUUUUGGUCCUGGAGGGCACGAGUAGAAUGCUAAGUGGUGAACGUGGCUACUUCAAGGUUAGAUCUUGUCCGUCAUUCUCAACCGAGUGUAGAUGUGUUCGUGCGUGUGCGACGACUUUGUCACGCGACAGCAUAAUGCCUCUGUUCUCGCCAUUAUUGGCACUGACCGCUGAUGAGUACUCAGCAAUAAUAGUGAUGCUACUUAGUGCUGCCAUCAGUUCCCUCGUGACUGCAAUGCGAUGGCUUCUGUUAUGCAUAGCUCGGGUAUGCUGCAUUGAAUCCACGUCGCGGGACGAUCUGACGGGGAAGUUGGUGGGACCAACGCGUGACGAGUUGGGUCAGCGCGCAGCCACUCCGUGGACAAUACAACUGAAACUCAU